AUGGCGGUUCAGAGGCAUAGACUCGUCGUGGUCGGCCUCGGAAUGGUUGGCAUUGCUUUCAUAGAGAAACUGUUGAAAUACGAUACCCGUACGAGGGAAUACGACAUCACCGUCCUGGGCGAGGAGCCUCAUCUGGCGUAUAACCGCGUCGGUCUGACCAGCUUCUUUUCCCACCGGAAGAUUGAGAAUCUGUACCUGAAUCCGGAGGAAUGGUACGCUCAGGUCCCAGACGGUGCUCUGGGCCACCACAUCAACACAAAGGUGACGGGCAUCAAUCCGCAGGCCAAGACGGUGUCGUGUGAGGAUGGAAGAGUGGUCCCCUACGAUACCCUCGUCCUCGCUACGGGGUCCGAUGCUGUCCUCCCGCGGAGCACCCCCGGUCACGACGCCGCGGGGGUCUUCGUCUACCGCACGAUAGACGAUCUGGUCCGCCUCAUCGACUUUGCCGACACGAGGGGGGGCUCCGUCGGGGCCGUCGUCGGCGGUGGCCUGUUGGGGCUCGAGGCCGCCAAGGCCAUGAUGGACCUCGGGAGGUUCGAGAGGGUCAGGCUCAUCGAGCGCAACCGCUGGGUGCUCAGCCGACAGCUGGACGGCGACGCCGGGUCCAUGGUGGUCCAGCAGGUCAGGGACCUGGGUCUGGACGUGAUGCUGAGCAGGCGUGUGGGCCGCAUCAAGGUCGACGCCGGCAACAGCGUCACCGGUGUCGUGUUCGAGGACGGGGAGGAGAUGGACUGCUCCACCAUCUGCUUCGCCAUCGGCAUCAGGCCGAGGGACGAGCUGGCGCGGAGGUCGGGGAUCCGGUGCGCCGAGCGGGGCGGCGGCGUCCUCGUCGGCGACGACCUGAGUACCAGUAGCCCCGGGGUGUACGCCAUCGGGGAGUGUGCGAGCUGGAAGGACCAGACUUUCGGUCUCAUCGCCCCCGGCGUCGAGAUGGCCGACGUGCUCGCAUUCAACCUGACCCAGGCCAAGCUGCACGCCCCCCGCAUCUUCAAGCGGCCGGACCUGAGCACCAAGCUCAAGCUUCUCGGUGUCGAUGUCGCCAGCUUCGGGGACUACUUUGCCGAUCGAGACGGGCCCCAGCACCUGCCGCCCAAGUACAAGAAGACCCGGGCCGUCGUCGACGGUGACGUUUCAGAGCCACCUGUCAAGGCACUCACUUACAAAGACCCGUUCCAGAAUGUGUAUAAGAAGUACAUAUUCACCCCGGAUGGCAGGUACCUCUUGGGGGGUAUGAUGAUUGGCGACACGUCCGACUACGUCAAGCUGGUGCCCAUGGUAAAGGGCAUGAAGGAACUCGACAUGCCGCCGGGCCAGCUCAUCCUUGGUGCGAAGAGGAGCGACGACGGCAACGACGGCGAUGACCUGGACGACGACGUGCAAAUAUGCUCCUGCCACAACGUGACGAAGGGCGACGUGGUUGGCAAGGUCAAGGACGGCACGUGCAGGGACGUGGGCUCCGUCAAGUCGUGCACCAAGGCCGGCACGGGCUGCGGCGGGUGCAUGCCGCUGGUGACGGCCAUCUUCAACAGGACGAUGCUCUCCAUGGGCAACGAGGUCAAGAACUACAUCUGCGCUCACUUCAACUACUCCCGCGCAGACCUGUACAGCAUCACCAUGGUGAAGAGGCUGACGACGAUGCGCGAGGUGAUGCGCGAGGCCGGGAACGAUGGGGAGAGCCCCGGCUGCGAGCUGUGCAAGCCAGCCGUGGCCAGCAUGCUGGCGUCGCUGUGGAACCGCCACGUCAUGGACGGGCCCGUCCACGGACUCCAAGACACAAACGACCGCUACCUGGGCAACAUCCAGCGCAACGGCACCUACUCGGUCGUCCCGCGCGUCUCGGGCGGAGAGAUCACGCCGGACAAGCUGAUGGCCAUCGGCGCCGUCGCCAAGAAGUACAACCUGUACACCAAGAUCACGGGGGGUCAGCGCAUCGACAUGUUCGGCGCCAGGAAGCAGGACCUCCUCGACAUAUGGGGCCAGCUCGUAGCCGCCGGCAUGGAGUCCGGCCACGCCUACGCCAAGUCGCUGAGGACCGUCAAAAGCUGCGUCGGCACCACGUGGUGUCGCUUCGGUAUUGGAGACAGCGUAGGCAUGGCGGUCCGCCUGGAGGAGCGGUACAAGAGUAUCAGGGCUCCUCACAAGAUCAAGGGCGGCGUGAGCGGGUGUGUGCGUGAGUGUGCCGAGGCCCAAAGUAAAGAGUAUUUGCUGACUAGCCUGAUCCUUGAAAGCUUCGGCCUCAUCGCUACAGAAAAGGGCUUCAACAUAUUCGUAGCCGGAAACGGCGGUGCCAAGCCGCGACAUGCCGAGCUGCUAGCCAAGGACGUGUCCCCGGUAGACGUCGUCCCCAUCCUUGAUCGGUACCUGAUGUUCUACAUCCGCACGGCGGAUAAGCUCCAGCGCACAGCGCCCUGGCUGGAGAACCUUCCCGGCGGCAUGUCGUACCUGCGCGAGGUGAUACUGGACGACAAGCUGGGCAUCUGCGCGUCGCUCGAGGCGCAGAUGGCCGAGCUGGUCGACAGCUUCUUCGACGAGUGGGCCGAAGCCAUCCGCACGCCCGCCAUAGCCGCCAAGUUUAAGCAGUUCCAGAACACGGGCGACAGCCUGGACUCGGUGGAAACAGAGCAGGACAGGGGCCAGGACCGGCCGGUCCUCUGGGCCAAGGACGCCGCCGCAGAGGACUUCAAGUCGCUCAGCGGCCGCUGGUCCUCCGUCUCCUCCUGGCAGCCCGUCCUCGAGGCCUCCUACUUUGACGGGGCAGACGACCAGCCCAACGGCGUAUCGGCCACCAUCAAGCGCGGAGACACGCAGCUCGCCCUCUGGCGCUUCCGCGGCAGCUUCUACGCCACCCAGCAAAUGUGCCCCCACAAGCGAGCCUUUGUCCUGUCCGAGGGUCUGCUGGGACAGGAUCCCGCUGCCGCUACUACUACUGCUGCUGCUGCUGCCGAUGCCACCGCAGAGCCUCGUAGCCCCUGGGUCUCGUGCCCCCACCACAAACGCAACUUUGACCUGUCCAGCGGCGCGUGCAAGUCCGACGAUAGCCUCUCCAUCGCCACCUUCCCCGUCGAGGUCAGGCCAGACGGGCUCGUCUACCUCAAGCUGCCGCCCGUCGAGGAGCUCGACGCCGCCCUGGGCACGGCCAGGUGGCGUGUCAAGAAGGGUGAGAGCGGCGACUCGCCGUUUGCCGAGCUGGACAGGAAGAUCAAGUUCAAGGGCAUAAGGGGGAGGAAGCCGUCCGCCAAGCCACAUAGUGCGACGAGGAUGGUGAAGCCUGUUGAGCUCAUGGCAGGUGGGGGGGGGUGUGGGAGCGCACCGGAUUGGUGA